CUUUUUAUUAAGCAAAUCUCCACGUUGGCGUAUGUCUCCUAUUCAAUAUAAAGGGGUGAAGGAGUUAGACUUCUUAACCCCGUGAACGGAACUUCCCAACAUUGCGAGGGUCAUCCGUAGUGCAAUACUCGUACUGUACAUAUAAAAUCAACAGCCUGUCUUUCCUAAUGCUUCUCUCUUCCAACAGCCUCUCUUUAUUCUUGUUUCUCUCUUCCACAAAACAUCCACUCUUAAUUGAUCUCAUUGCUGUCAGAUAUCGAGUACCCAACACGACACACACGCGCCAAUAUCCCAGAAUCACAAUACCCUCGACAGCAUAUCAUGGCGGCCGACUUGGAAUCCGCCCAUGAGAAGCCGGCCAUAUUGGAAGACGGCUGUCAAUCUAGCGAGCCUGACCAGACAACAAUUGAACAAGAGACAAAGGACAAUGUCGUCGACUGGGAUGGGCCCGACGAUCCCCAAAAUCCGCGCAACUGGCCAGCAUGGAAACGCAUGACCCAAGUCGUCCUCGCCAGCACUUUCUUACUCACUGCCAACCUCGCCGCGACCAUGUUCGCACCUGGAGCUGCCGCGCUGGCGAACGAGUUCCAUAUCACGAGUUCUACCAUUACCAGUCUCACCGUGUCCAUUUACCUAGCCGGCUUCGCCGUGGGGCCCAUGGUUAUUGCACCACUGUCCGAACUGUACGGACGUCUGGUCAUCUACCACACCUGCAAUGUCAUGUACAUUGGCUUUAUCAUCGGCUGUGCGCUGAGCAACGACACCGGCAUGUUUCUCGUUUUUCGAUUCCUGGCCGGAUGUGCUUCGUCGGGCCCAUUGACCGUGGGUGGAGGAACCGUCGCCGACGUCGUCCCGCCAGCUCAGCGGGGGAGGGUGAUGUCUGUGUUCUUCGUGGGACCACUUCUGGGACCAGUCUUGGGCCCAGUUAUUGGUGGCUUUGUGUCCGAAUCCAUUGGCUGGCGGUGGACUUUCUGGAUCAUCAUAAUCCUAGCAGGAGUGUCAUUUACGGUAUCAAUCUUCCUCCUCCGUGAGACCAAUGCCGUCGUGCUCCUCGGAUGGAAAGCUGCUCGCCUCCGGAGAGAAACUGGUAAUACUACUCUAGUUUCGAAGAUGGAUCGAGGCCUGGCCCCCCGCCAGCUGUUCCUCCGCGCGAUCACUCGACCAACAAAACUUCUCAUCCUAUCGCCAAUAGUCCUCCUCCUUGCCCUCCUGUGCGGGUUCAUGUUCGGCCUCAUCUUUAUGCUGUUCACCACGUUUCCCACGGUCUUUGAGGAACAAUACCACUUCUCCGCCGGCGUUUCUGGCUUGUCAUAUCUCGGCCUUGGGAUUGGCAUGGCCGUCUCUCUAGGAGUCUAUGCCACCGUGAGCGACAAGCUGCAAAAGGCACUUGGAGACUCGCCCAAACCUGAAGGACGCCUGAAGCCCAUGAUGUGGGUCAUGCCAGCCGUGCCCGUCGGCAUCUUCUGGUAUGGCUGGGCCGCCGAGAAGCAGACACAUUGGAUCGUGCCCAUCAUCGGCACCUCCUUCUUUGGAUUCGGCUUUCUCUGGGUCGUGAUGCCCGCUCAGCUCUACAUGGUGGAUGCUUUUGGCCCGGAGGCUGCUGCCUCUGCGUUGGCUGCGAACGUGGUUGUCCGACUUCUUUUUGCGGCUUUCAUUCCAUUGGCAGGGCCGUCUUUGUAUGCAGCUCUAGGACUUGGGUGGGGGAAUAGCGUCCUAGGGUUUAUAGCCGUGGCUUUUCUUCCAGUGCCAUUCUUCUUCUAUCGUUACGGAGGGUGGCUUAGGGAGCGUUUUGCUGUGACGUUAUAACAUACCAUGUUGAGGUUGAGGUAUCAUAGAUAUCUUUUACCAUUUGCAGCACUUUUCACAAGGAGAUCGUUGCGACUUUCUGCUAUUUCAUUCCCUACAUAGCUAGUUUUCGAUGAUAGAUUUAAU